AUGUACCUGUACAGUGUGCAGAGAGAUGCUCCGAACAUCAACAUGCCACCUACUAAAGCGCUCCGACCGGCGCUCUUCCGCACCCUUAGAUCACACCCUAUACACUCACGACAACGACGAGCAUUCACCAGCAGUCAGCGAGCCUCCUUCGGUCGCCAGAAGCCACAUCGCAAAGAGUCUUUCGGCUCAAGGGCGAGCGACGCAUGGCGCAAGACACCCAUCAAGUGGCAGCCCAUUCCCAUUGCCCUCGGCAUCGCUUUCCUCGGAGUCUUCCAGUUCUACCGCAUCCAGGAGCGCGAGCGUAGGAAUCAGGAAGAAGAAUGGAUCAGGGAGCAUGAGAGCAAUGCCGGCGACGAUGGAGACGCGGGACCUCUACGGCCUAAGAAGCGGCAGCGCAUACGUCCUUCCGGGCCAUGGUCGGUGCAGAUCAUGAGCACUCUGCCUUUGAAGUUCUUGAGCAGGUUAUGGGGCAAGUUCAACGAGCUGGAGAUACCCUACUACUUGCGAGUCCCAGGCUUCAAGCUGUAUGGUACCAUUUUUGGCGUCAACUUCGACGAGAUAUCCGAGCCGGACCUACACAGCUAUCGGAAUCUCGCCGAGUUCUUCUACCGUACACUGAAACCAGGCGUGCGGCCUCUCGACCCUCAUCCUAACGCCUUGCUCAGCCCUGCAGAUGGCCGAGUCAUACAGUUCGGCUACAUCGAGCACGGCGAGGUCGAACAAGUCAAAGGCGUCACCUACUCUGUCGACGCUCUGCUAGGCGCCGAGCCCACAUCAGGCACAAACCACCACCAGCACCACAGCGAAGUCACGUCCAACAUCGCCGGCUCACCCAACUCUCCUCAACCUAGCAAAGAUCGACACCGCGAAAGUAGUGACAGCGAGGUCAUCCGCUCCGACGAGGAAUUCGCCCAAGUAAACGGCAUCUCCUACACCCUCCCCAACCUCUUCUCCGGCGACACCAGCAGCAAAAAGCGCAAGCCUAGAAAGCACCGCGAAGGCGGCCCCGCAGACGACGACGUCGAACCCAUCCUCGACGGCCCCUCCGACCAGUCCACCCGUCCCGCCCACGGCGCCGAAGCCGAAGUCAGCGCCGACCUCGCCCUCUCCCCGCGCGCGCCAAAGCCGUGGUACUACCCCGCCACCGCCGACGUGCCCAUGGGCCUCUACUACUGCGUCGUCUACCUCGCGCCGGGCGACUACCACCGCUUCCACAGCCCCGUGAGCUGGGUCGUGGAAAGCCGUCGCCACUUCGCUGGAGAACUCUUCUCCGUGUCUCCCUACCUGCAGCGCACACUUCCGGGCCUCUUCACCCUCAACGAACGCGUUGUGUUGCUGGGAAGGUGGAAAUACGGCUUCUUCUCCUACACCCCCGUCGGUGCGACCAACGUCGGCUCCAUCGUCGUCAACUUCGACCGCGAACUCCGCACCAACAGCCUGCUCACCGACACCCUCGCCGACCGCGCCGCGGAAGAAGCACAACGCAAAGGCGAGCCUUACGCCGGGUACGCGGAAGCCACCUACGCGUCCUCCAGCCCCGUGCUCGGCGGCCACGCGUUGAAGAAAGGCGAGGAAAUGGGCGGGUUCCAGCUCGGCAGUACGAUUGUGAUGGUUUUUGAGGCGCCCAAGGGCGUGCGGCCGAGUUUUGACGAGGGGGUUACGGUGGAUGAGCAGGGGGAGGUGGAGAGGAAGGGGGGUUGGAGGUGGAAUGUGCGGAAGGGGCAGUUGGUGAAGGUGGGAGAGAAGUUGGGGUUUUGUGACGAUGGGGAGGAGGAGGGGGUGUUGGGUGGGAAGGUGUAG